CUCCUCCGGCCUCCUCCGGCUCCUGCUCCCGUUGCCUCCCCUCAUCCUCUCUUCCUCCUCCAGCAUGGCGGCUCUCUGGCUCCAGACCUCCUCCCUGCUCCUCCUGCUGGCGCUCUCCUGGCCCGGCUCCCAGGCCGUCGCUCCUCCUCAGCACCUGUGCGGCUCCCAUCUGGUGGACGCCCUCUACCUGGUCUGUGGAGACCGAGGCUUCUUCUACAACCCCAAGAGAGACGUGGACCCCCUGCUGGGUUUCCUCCCAGCCAAGUCGACCGGCGCCGCGACAUCGGGCGGCGACAACGAGGUGGCCGAGUUCGCCUACAAAGACCAGAUGGAGAUGAUGGUGAAGCGCGGCAUCGUGGAGCAGUGCUGCCACAAACCCUGCAACCUCUUCGACCUGCAAAACUACUGCAACUGA